CUUCAGCUUCCAGACUGACAAACAGCUUCUGGUUAACCAACCAGACAUAGUGGUGGUGGACAAAGAGCAGAAAAGAGUGGUGGUGAUAGACGUGGCAAUCCCAACUGACGCCAACAUCAGGAAGAAGGAACACGUGAAACUUGAAAAGUACCAAGGGUUGAAAGAGCAGCUGGAACGGAUGUGGAAGGUCAAGGCUAGCGUGGUCCCCGUGGUAGUGGGGGCGAUCGGAGCAGUAACCCCACAAACUGGGAGAGUGGCUCCAACAGAUCCCAGGAACAACAACAACUGAAGCCUCAGUCCAGAAGAGCGCAGUACUAGGAACAGCCAAGAUACUGCGCAGAACCCUCAAACCCCCAGGCCUUUGGUAGAGAACCCGAGCUUGAGGAUGACACAGAUACCACCUCACCGGGGUGAGAAAGAUUUAAUGUUAUUAAAAUUUGUUAGAGUUUGACUUACCUCCUUUUUCUACAAUGGAUAACCCAUACUUUCCCUUAGCUUAGUGUUAUGUUUUGGACAUCGCAACUUGCCGUAGUUGUAAGCAAUGCAUGAUGGGAAUCCGGAUGUUGUGUCGUUGUAUUGAAGUGCCGGCUGAAAUAAAGACACGCUAAGAAAUAGCUCCGUGCCCGUCUACUUUAUGGGUCGUAGACAAACCUAUGAAUACCGGGGACAUACAUAACAAGUGGCGACGAGGUGGUUUGAGAACCCACGGGCACGGUAUGUCUGGAAUGUGUGUGUAGUCAAGUUUUAUGAGUGGCGGUGUUUUACUGAGGAGAAGCUAACGCGGCUAGUUAGCAUUUGGCGCGUCACAGCCUGCGUCUGUUGUGAAUAGCGCGAAGAGGAAUAAAAAUUAAAAAAAAGGAGAAGAGGAGACGUGUGACAUCACCGGAGGGAGGACCCGUCUGAGGAGGAAUAAUUGUCAGAGGAUAUUGCUAACAACCAGGAGCCUGAAAGGAAAAUGGCAGGAGUCGUUGGUAAUAUUGGCCCUUUUGAUGAACACGUGGAGCAGUGGAGUGCAUAUGCAGAACGUUUUGACUAUUUUGUAUUGGCAAAUGACAUUGCUAAUGAUAAAGUAGUACCCACAUUUUUGUCAGUGAUGGGUCCAAAGACAUUUAAUUUGUUGCGUGACCUGCUGCAGCCCACCAAACCGGGUACCAAAACCUAUGCAGAAACAGUGGAUGUUCUGACCCAGCAUUUUUCACCCAAACCAUUAAUGCUCGCAGAAAGGUUUAGAUUCCACAGACGCAAUCAAGAAGAGGGGGAAUCUGUUACCAUGUUUGUUGCAGCGCUGAGGAAAUUAGCUGAACAUUGUGAAUUUGGAGAAGGUUUAAAUGACGCAUUAAGAGACAGAUUGGUCCUCGGACUGAGAAAGGAAGCCGCUCAGAAGAAACUGCUGACCGAAAGUAACCCAACGUUGCAGAAAGUCAUUGAAAUCAGUGUCGCCAUGGAAAUGGCCUCAAAAGAGGCUCACCAAAUGAACGCUACAGGCGGAGUGCAUACAGUUCAAACGGAUAGACCUAGUGGACAAGGGACAUGUUUCCGUUGUGGAAAAUCAGGACACCUAGCCACGUCAUGCUGGUGUAAGGAUAUGGACUGUCGCAGUUGUGGAAAAAGAGGCCAUAUCGAGCGGGCCUGCUUAAGAAAAAAGAACAAGGAGAAAACAUCAAAGUCUGCCAACAUACAUGACUCUGUGAAGAACAGGAGAAAAACACAGGUGCACACUGUGAGACAAAGGGAGACUGUGUCCAGCGAUUCUUCGGAAGGAGAACAGGAGAUGAGUGUACACACACUGAAUAUAAUGAAGAUGGAUGAAGAUUCUGAGGGUUACUGGGUGGAGCCCAUGCUGGAGGGGCACCCAGUGAGUAUGCAAAUAGACACUGGUUCAAAAGCAUCCAUCAUCUCAGAUGGGGUUUACAAAAAAGUUUUGAGACACCUUCCGCUGCGACAGUCUGAUACUAGGUUCAAAACCUAUCUAGGGGAACCUGUACCCAUGGCAGGAAUGACUGAUGUCAUGGUCCAGAGUAACAAUCAGGUGAGGAAGCUUCCCAUCUAUGUUGUUAAAGGUGAUUACCCGGCUAUUCUGGGACGUGUGUGGCUAGAGAAAAUGAAGCUAAGCUGGCACACUGUAAAAAUGGUAUCACCAAUGGCUACUAGUCUAGCUGCUAUAUUGAGGAAACAUGAUGAGGUUUUCCGGAAGGAGUUGGGCAGUAUGAAGGACAUUACUGUCAAGCUAAACAUUAAACCGGAAACAACACCAAAGUUUAUGAAGGCCAGGUCGGUACCAUAUGCUAUCCGAUCGAAAGUGGGGGAUGAGUUGGACGCCUUAGUUAAAAGCGGUGUUUUGGAACCGGUGACUGUCAGCGAGUGGGCCACGCCCAUAGUUCCCGUACCCAAGAAGACGGGAGAAAUACGAAUCUGUGGAGAUUUCAAAGUGACACUGAACCCUGUACUGUCAGCAGAACAGUAUCCUCUUCCCCGCAUUGACGAUUUGUUUGCUGGGCUGAGUAAGGGGCAAAAGUUUAGCAAAAUAGACCUUAACCAAGCCUACUUACAAAUGCACGUGCAUGAGGAUUCUAAAGACUUGCUCACCAUAACUACACAAAAGGGGCUUUUCAGAUAUUGUCGACUCCCUUUCGGGAUCACAUCAGCCCCUGCACUUUUCCAACGUGCCAUGGAUCAGAUCCUACAUGGCCUCCCUGGUGUACAGUGCUAUUUGGACGAUAUUCUGUGCACAGGAAGUACGGACCAAGAACAUCUGGACAAUUUGGAUGCUGCUCUUCAAAGGCUGAAAGAGUAUGGGCUCAGGGUUCGCAAAGAAAAGUGUGAAUUUUUUCAACUGUCUGUUGAAUAUUUGGGACAUGUAAUUGAUGCCCGAGGGUUGCAUACUGCGCCGUCAAAGGUUCGAGCGAUAGUGGAUGCCCCGCCGCCAGAGAAUGUUAGCCAAUUACGUUCAUUCUUGGGCUUACUGAAUUAUUAUGGCCGUUUUAUACCGAAUUUGUCAUCCAGACUCAAGCCGCUGCAUGACUUACUUUGUCAAGGAAAGAAGUGGAAUUGGAGUGGUGCCUGUCAAGAGGUUUUUCAGAAAACAAAGGAGACAUUAGUGACGUCAGGGGUACUGACCCAUUUCGAUCCAUCACUCCCCAUUCAGUUGGCCUGCGAUGCAUCCCCGUAUGGAGUGGGGGCGGUCAUUUCACAUUUAAUGCCAAACGGGGUAGAGAGGCCUAUAGCAUUUGCAUCACGGACCUUGAACAAAGCAGAGACUAACUAUGCUCAGAUAGAGCGGGAGGCGUUGAGCAUAGUCUAUGGGGUUCGCAAGUUCCAUCAGUACCUGUAUGGGAGACAAUUUACAUUGCUGACAGAUCACCGACCCCUGACGACCAUCCUGGGGUCGCACACUGGGUUACCCUCACUUGCCGCGAGUCGCAUGCAGCGGUGGGCGUUGCUCUUGUCAGCACACUCGUAUGACAUCAAGUAUCGCAAGGCUGACCUGCACGGCAACGCCGAUGCCCUGUCCAGGUUGCCUCUUCCUAUCACCAGGCCUGAGCCGCGGGCAGCAGAAAUCUUUUACUUCAGUCAAGUGGAUGGUGCGCCAGUUUCUGCUGCUCAUGUGAGGAGGGCCUCUCGCACUGACCCUGUCCUGUCUGCGGUGAUGGACAUGGUGAUGGGGAGUAGAUCAGGUAGCGAUGCCCCCAGUAUUCAACCUUAUCUCUCCAGGAGAGCAGAACUGUCGGUGCAAUCUGGUUGCUUACUGUGGGGGAGGAGGGUGAUUAUCCCGCCAUCAUUGCGUAAAUCAGUUCUGCAACAGCUCCAUGCAGGUCACAGUGGAAUAGUUCGAAUGAAGGAGAUAGCAAGGAGUUACUUCUGGUGGCCAGGAGUGGACAGAGAGAUAGAGACUACCGCCAAAACCUGUUCCUCAUGCCAAGAAGUUAGGAAGGCACCCCAACUAGCUCCUCUACAUCCCUGGGAGUUUCCCGAAGAACCAUGGCAACGGGUGCACAUUGAUUUUGCAGGACCUGUAGAGGGUUGUAUGCUCCUUGUGUGUGUGGACGCCCACAGUAAGUGGCCGGAAGUGGCCAUAAUGAAAACCACUACCACUGCAAAGACUAUUGAGAGGCUGGGGGAGAUUUUCAGCCGGUUCGGUUCUCCUCUUCAGUUGGUCUCAGAUAACGGGCCACAACUGGUGUCACAAGAAAUGACUACCUUCCUUGAAGCAAAUGGCGUACAACACAUUCGAUCUGCACCAUUUCACCCUGCGACCAACGGUCUUGCUGAAAGGUUUGUGCAGACCAUGAAGAAAGCUUUGAAAACAUCUCAAGAGCAGGGAUCAUUUCACCAGAGAUUGCAUAGAUUCCUGUUGAGCUAUAGGAAUACUCCCCAUGCCACUACUAAAGUUUCCCCCGCUUGUCUUAUGUUCAAAAGAAACCUUCGAACAAACUUUGACUUUUUGAAGCCAACAACGUUGAAGGAUAUUGUUCAGCAUCAACAAGAGAAACAGAUUCAACAAAGAAUGCAGAAGGCUAAAGAAAGAGUCUUCUCUUCGGAUGAGCCAGUGUUAGCAAGGAACUACAGUACUGGCCCCCGAUGGGUCCCUGCAACCAUAGUCAAGCGAUCUGGUCCUGUCUCUUACACCGUUAGUACUGCUGCUGGACUGGUAUGGAAAAGACACGUCGAUCAACUUCUUCAGGCAACAGCAUCGACCCCCAACCAGCCGUCGGUGGAUACUCCGAACGAGUCCGAGUUCAGCGCACCCCAUCUCCUGCUGCCACCACCCCAAAGAACAAUGGAAUAUACUGGUGAGACUUCUGCUUCCGACUCUUCACUACGAGAUCCUGUGAUGGAUGUUCCAACACGCACGGCUGUUCCAGAGUCACCCAGCGGAGACCGUAAGACUGAACAUUCUGUUGAGCCCCGUUAUCCGGUAAGAGAACGUCGUCCUCCAGAACGCCUGAAUUUAUAGACUCUAUGUUUAGAGACCAACCCAAACCAACUGGGGCAGAAUAAUCCCCAUGGGUGUGGUCACGGGGUGAGGCCGUUUAACCUCACCUCAGAGUUAUGUUGGGUAACUGUUACCAAACUAUGUAAAAAAAUAAAAAUAAAUAAAAAAUAGGUGAAGUGCCCAUGAUACAGUUAAGUUAUGGUGUUUUGCUAUAAGGAUUUUGUUGUUGGGGGGGGGUUUUCUAAGGGGGGAGGAGAUGUUAUGUUUUGGACAUCGCAACUUGCCGUAGUUGUGAGCAAUGCAUGAUGGGAAUCCGGAUGUUGUGUCGUUGUAUUGAAGUGCCGGCUGAAAUAAAGACACGCUAAGAAAUAGCUCCGUGCCCGUCUACUUUAUGGGUCGUAGACAAACCUAUGAAUACCGGGGACAUACAUAACACUUAGUGUUUACAUACUUGGAGUAUUGACUGAGGUGCUUGUCCCACUUGGAUACAAGUCUGUCUCUCUACUAACCCUCAGGCUGUUGUCACUACAUGGUCACCAUUCUACCAUGAUUGCUUUCUCCUACACUUUAUACUGAAACACAGACAAGUCCUGCAGGCCUGGCACCACCGUACACAAAAACACACACACGCUGGCACACACACACAUAAAUGCUCAUAUAGCAUUUUUUGAGCCAAAAUGUUUACCCUUCCGAGUCUGAAUCCGAGCUAAUGUCGCUAUAGCUUGCUGUUCUAUCCGCCAUGUUUGUUUGUGUUGGCAUCACUAUGUGACGUCACAGCAAAAUGGACGGGUGUUUAUGACGUCACAUCGGGAAGCAAUCCGCCAUGUUCUCACUUUCGUCGGUGUGUUGUCGGAGGGUGUAACAACACGAACAGGGACGGAUUCAAGUUGCACCAGUGGCCCAAAGAUGCGAAAGUGGGAAGAAAUUGGACAACAUUUGUUCAAAAUACGAGGGUGUGGGGAAAGCCGACGAAAUGGUCAGUCGUUUGUUCUGCACAUUUUACCGACGAAAGCUAUGCUACGACAGAGAUGGCAAGAAUGUGUGGAUAUCCUGGGACACUCAAAGCAGAUGCUGACAUCAACUCCAAAACUGGACAGAUCAGCUUUCAGGAAAAGAGAGCCAAUGAGGGUAUGUCUACAGAAUAUAUUAAUUGCUUCAGUUUCUUCUUCAAUUUCGUUUUCGCUACCUGCCUCCACACUACAACCAUCCGUUUCAAUACAUGCGUAAUCUGUUGAAUCGCUUAAACCGCUGAAA